AUGGGUGAUUCCAAUUUCACCAAGAAUCACAUGUUUGAAACUUCCCCUCAACAAAGGGAGGAUGGUGCUUGUCUAUCAGCAAUGCUACUUAGUACUAAUCUAGUGUACCCUGCUGUCUUAAAUGCAGCCAUUGAGCUGAACUUGUUUGGUAUCAUAGCUAAGGCAACUACACAUGAUUCAUUUAUGUCAUCCCAUGAAAUUGCUUCUAAGCUUCCAACACAACACCCUGACUUGCCAAAUAGGCUUGACCGCAUGUUGCGUUUGCUUGUCAGUUACUCCAUUCUUGUUAGUUGCACUCGCACUAGUGAGCAUGGUUGCACUGAGAGAGUUUAUGGACUCUCACAAGUUGGAAAAUACUUAGUCCCCGGUGAAAGUAGGGGCUACUUGGCUUCAUUCACAACAUUUCUAUGUUAUCCAGCACUGUCACAGGUUUGGUUGAACUUCAAAGAAGCAGUGGUUGAUGAAGACAUUGACUUGUUCAACAAAGUCCAUGGAGUAACAAAGUACGAGUACAUGGAAAAGGAUCCAAAAAUGAACCAAAUUUUUAACAAGUCAAUGGCUGAUGUGUGUGCAACAGAGAUGAAAAGAAUACUUGAAAUAUAUACUGGACUUGAGGGAAUAUCAACAUUGGUUGACGUAGGAGGUGGAAAUGGACAAAAUCUCAAAAUGAUAAUCUCCAAGUACCCUUUAAUUAAGGGUAUUAAUUUUGAUCUGCCCCAAGUGAUUGAAAAUGCACCAUCGCUUCCAGGGAUUGAGCACAUUGGAGGAGAUAUGUUUGCAAGUGUUCCACGAGGUGACGCCAUAAUAUUGAAGGCUGUAUGUCACAAUUGGUCAGAUGAAAAAUGCGUAGAAUUUCUAAGCAAUUGUCACAAAGCAUUGCCAUCGAAUGGGAAGGUAAUUGUUGUGGAAUUCAUUUUGCCUGAAGAACCAGAACCAAGUGAAGGAUCUCAGCUUGUUUCUAAUCUUGACAACAUCAUGUUCAUAACGGUUGGUGGAAGGGAAAGAACUGAAAAACAAUAUGAGAAUUUGUGCAUGCUCUCUGGAUUUUCAAAAUUUCAAGUUGCUUGUCGUGCCUUCUCUAGUUUGGGAGUAAUGGAAUUUUAUAAAUAA